AUUAAUUUCGCACUCUGAUCAGUUGAUCGUCGAGCAAUGAGUUACCAAAUCAGCGAGGCAAAACUACGGGAGUACUACCAAGUAUCCCUGGAAUUGGUCAGGAAGUGCGGUCCUCUCUUCUUGGAGGGUUUUCAGAAACCAAAAACUGAUUAUGAAGUCAAGUCGGCUUUUUAUGACUUGGUCACGGUGUACGAUAAACGUAUUGAAGCCAAACUCACGGAAGGUUUGCUCAAGGCCUUUCCGGAGUCAAAAAUUAUAGGGGAAGAGGCUUUGGCAGACGUUAAAACACAACCAGAGUUGACGGACACCCCCACUUGGAUCAUCGAUCCCAUCGAUGGCACUAAUAAUUACGUGCGAAAGAUUCCCCAUUGCUGCAUUUCCGUGGGCUUGGCCAUUAAUAAAGAGCUAGUCGUGGGCAUUGUCUACAAUCCCUCGGCCAACGAGUUAUAUUCUGCUUGGCACGGUCACGGAGCUUUUCUAAAUGGCCAACCCAUUGAGGCUUCUAGCACACAAGAGAUAAACCAAGCCGUGGUGUGCUAUGAGAUCUCCCUAAUCGUAGUGUCCAAGGGGCGGGACAAGAACGUGAAACGUCUCUACAAGUUGGCCUCCAAUGCCACUGGCACUCGUAGCUUUGGGUCUGCAGCUCUCACGCUCUGCUAUAUAGCCGCCGGCCGAUGUGACGCCUAUCAUGUGGAGAAUCUUAAGCCGUGGGAUCUGGCAGGCGGUGCCGUAAUCCUCAGGGAAGCUGGUGGCAGUGUUUACCACACCAGCGGAACAAAAUUCAAUGUGAUGAAGCCCGAUUGUGUGUGCUCCUCUUCUGAAGGGUUGGCCCAAAACAUGAUCCAAUUAAUAAAAGAAGCGGACCAGAUUUCCGGUUAUACAUUUGAAUAAAAUUACAAAGGCUGUUUAAAGCAAAAUAAACUUUAAAUUUAAAG